CUUGUGUGUUACUUCUCAUCCUCCAUGCCGAAAUGACGACAAGAUGAGCAUGGACGUAGAUGAAGAGGUGGACAUCAAUGCAACAAAGGCAGAUCCAUCAUCCUCGGUGACGGAGCAUCUUCACAAGAACGGAAAUCAGUCCAUGGCGCCAGAGGAAGUUGACUCAAGACAAGCAAGUCAAGACACAAAAUCAACUUCAUGUUCUUUAAUCUUUACCUUGCAAGGUCAUAAAAAGAGCGUUUCCUCCCUUGCAAUCUCUCCAGAUGGAACAGAAAUCGUUUCAAGCGGUGCAGAUGGAUUGUUAAAGAUUUGGUCUCUUGCAACAGGAUCAUUACGAGCAACACUAGAUGCACAAGAACAAAUCGAACCUUCAUCUUCCACACAACGACAAGGAAUCAGUGAUGUAGCCUGGAGUUCUGAUGGAAAGUACAUCGUAUGCGGAGGUGAUGAUAAGCUUGUCAGGGUAUGGCAUGCAAAACGAUUGGAACUAUUAUGUGAAUUUGAAGGUCACACAUCUUUCAUCUUUUGUGUUGCAUUCAAUCCAAAUACAACUUUGGCAGUUUCAGGAAGCUUUGACGAAAGCGUUCGAAUGUGGGAUUUACAGAAAAAACGUUGUCAUCGUACGAUCGCCGCUCAUUCAGAAGCCGUUACAGGAGUUGCGUUCAAUCGAGAUGGUUCAAUCUUGGCAAGUUGCAGUUAUGAUGGUUUGAUAAGGUUAUGGGACGCAUUCACAGGUCAAUGUUUGAAGACUUUAGUACACGGAGAAGCAAUGCCGAUAGGACAUGUAGUAUUUUCGCCGAAUGGUUUUCAAUUACUUGCUACUUCUUUGGAUAACUCUAUCAGACUUUGGGACAUGGCAAACGGUCGUGUUCUUAAAACUUAUGUUGGUCAUCAAAACGCAAAGUUUGCUCUCAAAUCUGCAUUCACAGCUUGGAACACGUCUGACUCAAACUCAGAUCUACCUUGCUUCGUAGUUGCAGGAAGUGAAGAUCAAAAGGUCUAUCUGUGGGAUCUGCAAGGCAAGCAAGUCGAACAUACACUUCAAAGUCAUCGUGAUGUCGUAUUGUGCAUUGCGGCACAUCCUUCAAAGCCAAUCAUUGCUUCUGCAAGUCUUGAUCGAGAUCCGUGCAUCAAAGUAUGGCAUCUCAAGUCGACAUAAUCAACCAGCAUUUUCUUUCGCGGCAAUCAUGCCUGUUUCUAAUUAUUUGUACUGUGUAUGUUUGGCUAUAAUUACAAAAUGUAUAAUAAGAUCAAAGAUUGUUAUAGAACCU